UCCACAUACAAUAUAUAUAAAAUAAUAAUAUCGAUGGGCAGCUAGAAAAUACCGAAAGAAGUGAACAUUUAUGAUGAAGGGGAAAAAAGGACACAUGCCGAAAAACAACCUUUUGAAGGCAAAAAGUGCAGAAGAGUCCAAUUCAGAUGAAAGUUUUCUUGAGAAAAGCAGCACUGAAGGAUGGUUUGACUUGAGCGUCAUAUGGAUCUACAGUGGUGUUGUUCUAGCAGUUUAUGUGUAUACCAUGUAUCCGUCAAUUCCAGGGGGAGACUCAGGUGAACUUAUUACAGCUGCUCAUGAACUUGGUGUUGCCCAUCCACCAGGCUACCCGGUUUUCACUCUGCUGUCCUGGCUUGCUAUCAGGCUGAUUCCCAUGGGUUCUGUUGCCUGGAGAGUCAACCUCCUCAAUGCUGCAAUGUCUGCCGGAGCAGCCUUUGUCUUCAGCUUGGCCAUCUAUAGGCAGACUUGCAGUGUGAGUAGUGCAGUGUUUGGCUCGUCUGUAUGGUCUUUUGGCAGCCUGGCAUGGACCUGGGCGGGGCAGACAGAGGUAUUCUCUCUCAACAACCUGUUUGUGGCUGCUCUGCUUUACCUUUUGGUCACUUUCCAGCAGGCUGCAUCUCACAUCAGGGUGAAGGUUGCUUGUACAGGAGCGUUGGUGAGCGGACUGGCUCUGUGUAACCAGCAUACGGUGGUGGUCUAUGUAGCUGUUAUUGCUGUCUGGGUCCUCACAGAGCUUGCCAGGGACAAGGUGCUGUCAUUGGUCACCCUAGUUCAGGUGGGUGUGUCCUUCCUGUGUGGACUGGUACCCUACAUCUACCUACCAUUAGCCUCAACUUAUAGUCCUGCACGCUGGACAUGGGGCGACCAGUCUUCACUCUGGGGAUUUAUCACACACGUCCUGCGUAGGGAGUAUGGGACAUUUGACCUUGCAAAGGGACAAAAUAAAACCAGCAGCAGCUUGAUGUUCAAUCUCUGGGGCUAUGGUGGUCACUGUGUUCAAGAAUUCACGUUGCUGGUUGUCAUUUUAACCAUAGCCGGGCUUUGUCACGCAGUGACCAGGAUCCUGCGGCCAGUGCUGGUGUGUGUUGCCAUGGCAGCGUUGUACCUGGGUCUGUUCUCCUGGAGGGCCAACCUUGACCUUGACAACAAACUCUAUCUUGGAGUGGUGGAGAGGUUCUGGAUGCAGGCUGACAUGGUGAUCAUCUUUUGUGCUGCUGUUGGGUACAGCUGGCUUGAAAAGUUUAUGGAAACAAAGGUGGCAGUUGUGAAGCACUUUAAACUGGGACUGGCUGUGGCCAUUCUGGCCUGCAGUCUACAGAUGCAAAGAAACUUUGGUGAGUGUAACCAGCAUGAGAACACUGCGAUCCUUGAGUUUGGUUCCCGACUGUACAACAACAUGCCCCAUAAUGCCCUGGUCCUCACCGUGGGCGAUCUGCCCUCGAAUGUUCUCAGAUACAUGUACAGGUGUGAAAACAAUAGGCCUGAUGUUCAAGUCUUAGACCAAGAGCUGAUGUCGUACAAGUGGUUUGUGCCGAGGUUGCGUCACGCCUACCCCAAUGUGACAUUCCCGGGACACCACAUGGAUAGUAAAAAUGGCAUGCUCAGUAACGGCCAGCAGGUCUUCAACUUCCGAGCCUUCCUGAAUGCACACUACGGCAGGUAUCCAAUUAUUGGAUGUAUUGGUAUGCAGGAGAGAGAAAUCUCCUGGAAGCAGGAGUAUGAGUUGUUCCCCUAUGGUCCGUGUUUCCUGGUCACCAAGAAGGGCAAGCCACUCAACAUUGAGGAGUUCCUGCCCUUGGCUCUAAAUAUUUCAAAGGGCUGGAAUUAUACCUACCAAGGCUUUGAUGGCCGUGGGUGGGAGAGAGUGGCUACAGAUGAAAUGUGGAGUGCCAAGGUAAACAUUCCCCUGGAGUUGUACCUACGGGCCACUAAUCACCACAAGGAAGGCAGCCAGGAGUACAACGAUCUCAUGAUCAAGGCUUAUCAGUUCUACAAGGCAGCAGUGGAUGCAACCCCUGUGAAUGCCAUUCCAUUUUACUGGCACACCAACUACGCCCUAGCGUGUGAGCGACUACUCCGGAUAGACCAUGGUUACUCCAAGGCACAGCUGCUCAAUGACACUAUAUUCCACUUUGAAAUGAACUUGAAGAAAAACCCACAUGACAAGGAUGCUAAAGUCAUCAGAGAGUCUGUGGAAAACUUGAAAACGUUUAUAGGUGUUAUAAAGUAGAACAAUGCAGUGGGUUAUAGUCAAUUAAAUUUAAAAUUUUAAAUUGCUCAAUUUAUUAUCUCUUAUCUGUUGUCUGUGAUAGUUUUAUGCAAUAUCCUCUGUAGAUCUUAAUUAUAUGACUUUUACAAUAUUAGCAAUAUUCUAUGGGUGCCUGUUGUAGAUAUUAGAUGUACUUUACAUUAUGAACUUUUCUAUCCUCUAUAAUAUUUUGAUAGUCCUAUUGUUUUUAAACCUUUUUAUAAUGAAAUAGAUUGUUUUCUAUGCAUUUCAUAUUUAUAGACAUAAUUUUCUGAAUAAACAUUUGGAGUGUA